AUGAAGCCCAGCACGCCCUUUUCAGUGGUCGAAAUUGGGAAGAAGCAAAGUAGAUCUGGAGUGGAGAGUGGCGGGCUCAUGGAGUCCUGCAGCGCCUCUGCCCUUCCUCCUUCCCCCUGGCUGGAAGAUGAAUUUGGCUUGUGCACCUUUGCAGGACAGAAACCCCCCGUGUCCUUUGAGGAGGCAGCCAUGUUCUUCACAGAAGAGGAAUGGGCCCUGCUGGAUGCAGGCCGAAGAAAACUCUUCUGGGAAGUGAUGGAAGAAAAUUACGAGACCGUGGCCUCUCUGAGAGACUACAUUUCCCAGAAGGACUUGCGAGUAGCAGAGAGAAGAUCCACCCUGCCUUUUCUAGGUGUCCAGGGCACAGCUGAAACUCAAGAUGGAGACAGAAGUGUAUGGAAUACGCCAUUCCCUGGAGCCUCCCUUCUUUUGUGUUUCCCCUGGCUGGAGGGAGAAUUUGGCCUGUGUUUGUCUGCAGCAAAGAGAUCUCCGGUGUCCUUUGAGGGAGUCUUCAUGUUCUUCACAGAGGAGGAGUGGGCCCUGCUCUGUCCAGGCCAAAGAAAACUCUACUGGGAUGUUAUAGAGGAAACUUUUGAGACUGUGGCCUCUCUGGUUGCAGAUGCGAGGGAGAAGGGGAGAGAGAAGGAACCAGGAUGGAGAGUUGUGGAAAAAGACAAUGAUCUACAGACGGAAGCGAAAUCUGAGGAUCAAGUGGUACCAAAGAGACAUUGCAGAAGGAAAAGGGAACAAAAACAGAAGCAAAGGAGAAAGAAGCUUGAGGCCUCAGCCAAAGAAGAUACAAGAAAGAGAAAGAGAAGGUCCAAUGAUCCCAUGAACCAGAAAGGGUUCGACUGCAAAUUCAGUGCUAAAGUUCACACAGGGGAGAAACUAUAUAAACAUUUGGAAUGUGGAAAGGGGUUCUCCAAGAAUAGCAACCUAACUGCACAUCAACAGAUUCCUAUUGUGGAGAAGCCAUAUAGAUGCUUAGAGUGUGGAAAGUGCUUUUCUUGGAGGAGCAACCUAACUUCACAUUUAAAAGUUCAUACUGGGGAGAAGCCAUAUAAAUGCUUGGAGUGUGGAAAGUGCUUUGCUAUGAAUGCCCACCUAACUACACAUCAAAGUGUUCACACAGGGGAGAAACCAUAUAAGUGCUUGGAGUGUGGAAAAUGCUUCUCUCAGAGGAGCAACCAGAGGACACAUCAAAAGGUUCAUAGUGGGGAGAAGCCCUAUAAAUGCUUGGAGUGUGGAAAGUGCUUUUCUUGGAAUACCAACCUAACUCAUCAUGUAAAAAUCCACACUGGGGAGAAGCCAUUCAAAUGCUUGGAGUGUGAAAAAUACUUCUCCAAUAAUAGUAAGCUCACUGCACAUCAAAAGGUUCAUACUGGGGAAAAGCCAUAUAAAUGCUUGGAGUGUGGAAAGUGCUUCUCUCGCAAUGACACCCUAAAAGGACACCAAAUUAUUCAUACUGGGGAGAAGCCAUAUAAAUGCUUGACGUGUGGGAAAUGCUUCUCCCAUAAUUGUAGCCUAACUUCACAUCAAAAGGUUCACACAGGAGAGAAACCAUAUAAGUGCUUGGAGUGCGGAAAGUGUUUUUCUCAAAGUAGCCACCUAAGGACACAUCAAAAGAUUCAUACUGGGGAGAAGCCAUAUAAAUGCUUGGAAUGUGGAAAGUGCUUCUCUCAGAGAGAUUAUCUAACUAAACAUCAAAGGGUUCACACAGGGGAGAAACCAUAUAGAUGCUUGGAGUGUGGGAAGUGCUUCUCUCUCAAGAACCCCCUAAAGGUGCAUCAGAAAGUUCAUACUGGUAGGAAGCCAUAUGAAUGCUUGGAGUGCGGAAAGCGAUUCUCUGAGAAUUGCAGCCUAAAAAGCCAUCAAAGGAUUCAUACUGGGGAGAAGCCAUACAAAUGCUUGGAGUGUGGAAAGUGCUUCUCUCGGAAUGAUACUCUAAAAGCACAUCUCAAGAUUCAUACUGGGGAGAAGCCAUACAAAUGCUUGGAGUGUGGGAAAUGCUUCUCGCAUAAUUGUAGCCUAACUUCACAUCAAGUGGUUCACAAACAGGAGAAACCAUAUAAAUGCUUGGAGUGUGGAAAGUGCUUCUCUCACAAUAACCGCCUAAGGAAACAUCAAAAGGUGCAUACUGGGGAGAAGCCAUAUAAAUGCUUGGAGUGUGGAAAGUGCUUCACGCGGAAUUCUCACCUAACUGCACAUCACAAGGUUCAUACUGGGGAGAAGCCAUAUAGAUGUUUGGAGUGUGGAAAGUGCUUCUCUCAGAGUAGCCACCAAAGGACACACCAAAAGAUUCAUACUGGGGAAAAGCCAUAUAAAUGCCUGGAGUGUGGAAAGUGCUUCUCCCAGAGUGGUAAUCUAAUGAACCAUCAAAGGAUUCACACAGUGGAUAAACCAUAUAGAUGCUAG